AUGAUCGCACCGCACCUUUCAGUCCCGGUCAUGUGACUGCAGCGUCCGAAGCCACCUGACUAGCUCGAUAGUUUGACAGUGCAGUUGCUUCCACCAUCGGAUAGCGGAGUCAUGUAUGUGGAUCGUUCUGGACGAUGUGGCCGUCCGAUUUUAAAUUCUCUUGUAUUAAUUAUCCUGCAGGUGGGCUUACACACAGUGGAAGGAGUAUGGCCACUACCGCAGUCUUUCAUCUCCUCACCAGAGCAAUACCGACUUAACCCUCAAGCUUUCUACUUUGGAUACGGAAGACAAUCAGCUGCACAGCCAGGAUGUACUGUUCUGGAUACAGCAUUCAAGAGAUAUUUUUCUCUGAUUUUUCCAGACUUUUCUUCUGGUUAUGGUGCUCUCCGAUUCAGUGCAGACAAACCAUUUGGUGUUGAAAUCAGUGUUGACCGUGAUGAUUGUGAAGAUUACCCAAAUGAGAACUCUUCUGAAAGAUACAACCUGACUGUUUCCAAUGGACGUGCAUCUCUCAAUGCGGAAACUGUGUGGGGUGCUUUGAGAGGUCUCGAAACUCUCAGUCAGCUGGUCUAUCAGGAUGAUUAUGGCUCAUCUUAUGUGAACAAAACUGAGAUUGAAGACUUCCCUCGUUUUCAGUUCCGAGCUAUCUUGUUGGAUACUUCACGGCACUACUUACCAGUGCAGACCAUAUUAAAAACUCUGGAUGCAAUGGCCUACAGUAAGUUUAAUGUGUUUCACUGGCACAUUGUUGAUGACCCCUCCUUCCCUUACCAGAGCCGCACCUUUCCAGACCUUUCAAGUAAGGGGGCUUUCCAUCCGAUGACUCACACCUACACACAAUCUGAUGUGAGAAGGGUGAUCUCACACGGCCGGCUGCGGGGAAUAAGGAUACUUCCUGAGUUUGAUUCACCCGGCCACACCAAGUCUUGGGGAAAAGGACAGCCUGAUCUGUUGACUCCCUGCUACAAAGGGAGCACCCCUUCUGGAACAUUUGGUCCUGUGAAUCCAGCAUUACCCUCCACCUACGAGUUCAUGACAAGUCUAUUCAAGGAAAUUUCAUCAGUGUUUCCUGACUCCUACAUCCACUUAGGAGGGGAUGAGGUUGACUUUACAUGCUGGAGAUCCAACCCAGAUGUUCGCAAGUUCAUGCAGAAUAUGGGAUUUGGCUCAGACUUCACCAAACUUGAAGCAUACUACAUGGAAAAUAUUGUGAACAUCACUUCAUCUCUCAACAAGACCUCCAUAGUGUGGCAGGAUGUGUUUGACUACCAUGAGAGGAUUCCUAAGGACACAGUGCUGCAUAUCUGGAAGGGCGUACCAGCUAAAUAUCAGGAAGAGCUCAGCAGGAUAACCAAAGCUGGCAUGAGGGUCCUGCUGGCAGCCCCUUGGUACAUCAACCAUAUUUCCUAUGGCCAGGACUGGCACAACUACUACACUGUGCAGCCACUGAACUUUUCUGGUACAGAGGAACAGAAGAAGUUGGUGAUAGGGGGUGAGGUCUGCAUGUGGGGAGAAUACGUUGACGCAACCAAUCUCACUCCACGUCUUUGGCCAAGGGCAAGUGCUGCAGCAGAGAGACUGUGGAGUAAUGAGAAUCAGACCUUCAACGUGAACAAGGCUUUUCCUCGCUUGCAGGAUUUCCGCUGCAAGCUCCUGAGGCGUGGUAUCCAAGCAGAACCUCUGUUUGUGGGACACUGCAAACACGAGUACCAAGGUAUUUGAAGGGUUGGAUGGACGACUCCCACACUGCAAGAUUUUUCUGGAAAGCUCUUGAACUUGCUAAGUGCGUAGUUGGCUUCAAAAUAAUCUUGAGUGGUGCCUUUUAAGUGAUGUGAAUUCUUCAAUAGAUACUCUGUCUUUCCAAUUUUUAAGUUCUGUGUGUUUACACCGAAAUGCUUUCUCAGGGACAUACUGAGAAGUGCCUGGAUGCAAACAAUUGAUUGGCCAAAGCUUGAGCAAGUGCAAGUGGCGUCUUUACAGCAGCCAGGGAAACACAUGAUCUCAGGAGAGUAACUGUGGAUCACUUUUUAAUUUGGCCAGUCCUCUUUUUCAUAGGAGAAGAGGAAUGUUCAACUUAAUUAGAUACUACAAUUAAGCUGUACAGAUUUCAAACUUUGUUCUGAAAAAUAUAGUUUUCAGGCUUGUGAGAAAGUUGACUGCUGGUUGGAGGUAAAUAAUAACCACAAUGAUAAUCAAAAAGAAGACUGACUUUCAAAAUAAAAAAAAUGAUCUUCUGCCCAGCUUUGAAGUGCCUCUUAUGAUGGCCUAUCACUUUGGCUGCAGCUUGGACUUCUCACAUUACCUUUAUUUUUUAUUGUUUUCGUAUAAAAAAUGCUUUUAUUUUGUAUUUUCUGUAUAAAUCAUUGAAAAUGUACGCAAAGAUAUUCCUCUAAGGACAUCAUAAUAGUUGUAACUCAAUGUGAAUUGUACUUGUACUUUAUGUAAGGGGACAGCUAAAUAUACAUAUAUGUGGAUUUUUAUUUUUCAUAUAAAAAAUGACAGAGUGCCACAUUUAAGUCUUGGACUUAAAUCACAUAAUGUUGGUGUGUUUCUGUUUUAUGUUCAUCUAAAUUGCAGUGAAAUAAAAUUCUGACUGAGAUCACCUAUA